AUGUCACACGAUAUUAAAGUAGAAAAUAUCAGCGGAUAUCUAGGCACAGAAUAUUCCUCUGGAGAUUCAAACAAAUUGAAAUCCAAACAGUUUUAUCAGGAGGAGAAUAAUAACGAGGUCAAUGAACUGUCUAAAAACUUCUCUGAAAUGGGCUGUAUAGUAGAUGUUGUUAAACGACCACCUAAUAUAUGCAUCGAGACUUGUGUAUAUGAAGACGGUGAUACCGAUACUGAGAAUAUAGACAAUGGCAAUGAUGAUGUUCAUUAUUCCGAUGAGUUUGAAGAGGAAGACAUAAGUGAUGCUGAGAAAAAUGAGCCAAAUGAAAAGACUGUUUUAAGUGAUAAUACAAUUAGAAUGGAAAUAAAUAAAUCAAAUGCGAAACUUACUAAAAGUCAGUCCUCUAUGUCCAAUAAGCCACCAUCGGUGUCCGGUAGAUCUACAGAUUAUGGUUCGAUAUCAGUACCUCCGACCAGAAGAAUCAACAUGUCAUUCACAAACGAGAGAUUAAGAGAAAUAGAAAGGCACAAUCACAUUCUACUGAACAAAAUAUUGAGUGCGAGGAACAAACAGAAGUCAUCCAUACCACCUCGGGAUCAGGGAUUGAGAAAACCAGUCGCCCCAGCCUCGGUACACAGAAAAAUGCAGCAGAGAAAGAUUGAUCACGAUAACAUGAUCCUGUUAAAGAAGAUCCAACGCGCCAAGUCAACAUCUUGCAGCAUUCGUCGUUGA